GCGCAAAUGGACAUGGAUGGUGGGAGCCUCCCGGGACAGCGCUCCGGACUACAAACGCUGCUGGUGGUCGCCCUCAUCACGUGCGGCUGUCAGCUGUGGGUGGAUGCCAACUCCUGGUGGUCUUUAGCGAUGAACCCCAUCCAGAGGCCAGAGAUGUACAUCAUAGGAGCGCAACCCCUGUGCAGUCAGUUAUCAGGUCUGUCCCAGGGCCAGAGGAAGCUCUGCCAGCUCUACCAGGACCACAUGGUGUACAUAGGGGAGGGGGCCAAGACCGGCAUCAAGGAGUGUCAGUACCAGUUCAGACAGAGGCGCUGGAACUGCAGCACCGUGGACAACACGUCUGUCUUCGGGCGGGUCAUGCACAUCGGGAGCAGGGAGACAGCUUUUACUUACGCCGUCAGCGCCGCGGGUGUGGUGAACGCGAUCAGCCGGGCCUGCCGUGAGGGAGAGCUCUCCACCUGCGGCUGCAGUCGUGCUGCUCGACCCCGUGACCUGCAGCGAGACUGGCUGUGGGGCGGCUGCGGUGACAACGUCAAUUACGGCUACCGCUUCGCCCGGGAAUUUGUGGAUGCGCGCGAGCGUGAGAAGAACCACCCGCGGGGCUCCGAGGAGCACGCACGCACGCUCAUGAACCUGCAGAACAACGAGGCCGGCCGCCAGGCGGUGUACAACCUGGCCAACGUGGCCUGCAAGUGUCACGGCGUAUCGGGCUCUUGCAGCCUGAAGACCUGCUGGCUGCAGCUGGCCGACUUCCGUCGCGUGGGCGAGUUCCUUAAGGAGAAGUAUGACAGCGCGGCAGCCAUGCGCAUCGGCCGCAAGGGCAAGCUGGAGCUGGUCAACAAUCGCUUCAACGCACCCACGCCGGAGGACCUGGUAUACAUCGACCCCAGUCCGGACUACUGUGUGCGAAAUGAGACCACUGGCUCGCUGGGCACACAGGGCCGCCUCUGCAACAAGACGUCCGAAGGCAUGGAUGGCUGCGAGCUCAUGUGCUGCGGUCGCGGGUAUGACCAGUUCAAGACCUACCAACACGAGCGCUGCCACUGCAAGUUCCACUGGUGUUGCUAUGUGAAGUGCAAGCGCUGCACCGCACUGGUGGACCAGUUUGUCUGCAAGUAGCCGAGGCAGAAGGG